AUGCGCUUGGUCGGCUCUUGCAGGAGAUUGUGGCUCAGUCGGGCGACAUUACUGCCCUAGACUGGGUCGGAAAAUCAUCCGAGUUCAAUAGCUGUCUGCCAGCCGACAUUACCGCGUACAAGCUUCUGACAUGCACGCUGCCGUCUCUAUCCGAAGACCAGAUGCAGACGGCCGCUUCAUCACUGCAAAAUCCCGCUGUUGUAGAUCUGGCUUUGAAACUGUAUACCCGUCUUUCCGACCUGCGCAUUCCUUACUGCGGGAACCGCAGGCUGCAACUGCCUUGCAUCGCAUUCCCCGUCACAGGACUCAGACGGAGGAAUGCCAGUCAAGACCAAGAGUCAUCUUUCACUUACCGGGAGACAUCUUUCACUUACGACGUCAAGACGGUCGGGCUUGAAGACCUGGUAAUCACCACAGAAAACAAGCUGCGGCUUGGACUGCGAACGUUCUUACUCAUCCGUCCGUGGAAUCGCCAUGAUCUCGGGCUGCCUGUCAUUGCAGACGACGAAAAGAGCGUGGAUGAUUGGUCGCAGCCCGAGUCUCCAUCAGACGAAUUGCUCGGCAGCGAUCCUGGAGAGGAUGAGUCGGUUGAUUUAGAGUCUCAGUGGCGAGCGUUAAAGUUGAUCGUUCGUCUGGGACAGCCUUUUGGCGCAUUUUUGCUAGCGCAGCAGCAGGGUGGGGAGUACAAGAGGGUUGCUUCGGACCACAAUAUCAUCGCACGAGUCAAGGACAGGGCUUCCGUUAGUAACAUGAUGGAUGUCAGGACGCUAGAAAUAUUAUAGUUACAUGGACUUCGAAGAACGGUGGAUCU